AUGAUACAAGAUGUUAUAAUGUGUCAAAAGGAAAGAAAGUUAUCAAAAAUGAGCCUCAAAAUUGAGCAAGUUGGUUCCUCGGGACUGAAUAGCUAUCAGGCUGAAUCAGGGGAGUUAAAUAAGGUAACAUUUGAUGGCUCAAGUCGUCGUGAAGUUCAGGAUAAGGAUAAUAUUUGGCAUGGUUGGUCUCCAGCUGCACUUAAAACCAAAAUGUCAGAUGCACUAAUUACAAAAAAAGGGGAGCCCAACAUGGCUUCACAGGAGAAGACCAAGGGCUUCAAUAGCCGACAGUUUACUGACUAG